GAGGUGGGGAUAGGGAGAGAGGUAGGGAUAGAGAGAGGGAGGUAGAGAGAGGUAGAGAGGCAGCGCGCCGGGGAGGUGGUCCUUGUGUCAGCGUAGCCGCUCAUGCUAAAGCUAACUAGCCAUGUUGCUGCUCCCGCCGCCGCUGCUGCUGUGUGUCUGCUAGCGGGCCGCCCUGGACUCCCUAUCCGCCCUGAGGUGCAUCAUGCCCGGCUGGAAGAAAAACAUCCCGGCCUGUCUCCAACCGGACCAGGAGGGAGAUGAGGGGCCGUACACCAAACACUCAGCCGGGUCGCGGCCUCCCGAUGGGGCGCUGGCCAUCAGGAGGCAGAGCAUACCGGACGAGUUCCGCGGCUGUACGGUGGUGGAGCUGAUGAAGAAGGAGGGCACCACGCUGGGCCUCACCGUCUCCGGGGGCAUCGACAAGGACGGCAAGCCGCGGGUGUCCAACCUGCGGCAGGGGGGCAUCGCCGCCAGGAGCGACCAGCUCAACGUGGGCGACUACAUCCGCUCGGUGAACGGCAUCAACCUCGCCAAGUUCCGCCACGACGAGAUCAUCAGCCUGCUGAAGAACGUGGGCGAGCGCGUGGUGCUGGAGGUGGAGUUCGAGCUGCCGCCCGUCUCCGUGCAGGGAUCCGGCGUCGUCUUCAAGAACGUGGAGGUCACGCUGCACAAGGAGGGGAACAGCUUCGGCUUCGUGAUCCGAGGCGGCGCCCAUGAGGACCGGAACAAGUCUCGGCCCAUCGUCAUAACGACCAUCCGGCCGGGCGGGCCGGCCGACCGCGAGGGGACGGUGAAGCCCGGCGACCGCCUGCUGAGCAUCGACGGCAUCCGCCUCCACGGCAGCACGCUGUCGGAGGCCAUGAGCAUCCUGAAGCAGUGCGGCCAGGAGGCCACGCUGCUGCUGGAGUACGACGUCUCCGUCAUGGACUCGGUUGCCACGGCGUCGGGUCCGCUGCUGGUGGAGGUUGCCAAGGCGACGGGCUCCAGCCUGGGCGUGGCUCUGUCCACCUCCAUGUUCUGCAGCAAGCAGGUGAUCAUCAUCGAUAAGGUCAAGCCGGCCAGCAUCGCAGACAGGUGCGGCGCUCUUCACGCAGGCGACCACAUCCUCUCCGUGGACGGGAAGUCGAUGGAGUUCUGCUCGCUGGCCGAAGCGACGCAGCUGCUGUCGGCUUCCUGUCAGACCGUCCGCAUGGAGAUCCUGCCGCAGCACCAGGCCCGGCCGGCCCUGAACGCACCGCAGCACGUCAAGGUGCAGCGUAGUCCCCGCCCCCUCCCCUGGGAGACCGGAGGCUCCGCCCCCAUCCUUCCUCCCUACCACUACAACACGUACCACCCCGACCAAUCAGGGGCCAGAUCGCACAACCGCCAUACAAACAACCCUCCCCUCAGUCACUCGUUCUCUCCAGGCUCCAUGUCCGCCUACAGUCUCUCGUCCCUCAACAUGAGCACGCUGCCCAGGAACAUGUAUCCCACAAGUCCACGGGGCACGCUGAUGAGGAGGAAGGCCAAGAAGAAGGACUUCAAGAGCUCCCUGUCUCUGGCGUCCAGCACCGUGGGUCUGGCCGGGCAGGUGGUUCACACCGAGACCACCGAGGUGACGCUGCUCGGCGACGGCAUCAUGGGCUUCGGCCUGCAGCUGCAGGGCGGCGUCUUCGCCACGGAAACGCUGUCCUCGCCGCCGCUCAUCGCCUACAUCGACCCCGACAGCCCCGCCGAGAGAUGUGGGAUCCUGCAGAUCGGCGACAGGAUUCUGUCCAUAAACGGCGUUCCCACCGAGGACUCCACUCUGGAGGAAACCAACCAGCUGCUCCGAGACUCCUCCAUCACCGCUCAGCUCACGCUGGAGAUCGAGUUCGACGUGGCCGAGUCGGUCAUCCCCAGUUCAGGAACGUUCCACGUGAAGCUGCCCAAGAAACCGGGGGUGGAGCUGGGGAUCACCAUCAGCUCUCCCUCCAACAGGAAGCCUGGAGACCCGCUCAUUAUCUCCGACAUCAAGAAAGGCAGCGUCGCACACAGGACCGGGACGUUGGAGCUGGGAGAUAAGCUGCUGGCCAUCGACAACAUCCGGGUGGAGAACUGCUCCAUGGAGGAGGCCGUCCAGAUCCUCCAGCAGUGCGAGGAGCUCGUCAAGCUCAAGAUCCGCAAAGACGAAGACAACUCGGACGAACAGGAAGUGUCCGGCAGCAUCAUCUACACGGUGGAGCUGCAGCGGUACGGCGGCCCGCUGGGAAUCACCAUCUCCGGCACGGAGGAGCCCUUCGACCCCAUCAUCAUCUCCUCCCUGAGCAAAGGAGGGCUGGCCGAGAGGACGGGCGCCAUCCACGUGGGCGACCGCAUCCUGGCCAUCAACAGCAGCAGCCUGAAGGGGAAGCCUCUGAGCGAAGCCAUCAGUCUGCUGCAGCAGGCGGGAGAGACGGUCACCCUCAAGAUCAAGAAGCAGGGCGAGCUGUCCAGCCCGAAGUCCUGUGUGAUUGGUCCGGGCGGCGAGCUGAACCCGGACAGCCAGGACGGAGAGGAGGAGCCGGUCAUCAUGGUGGCUCCGCCCACCAGCCAGCGGGCGUUCACCACGCUGCCGUCGGUGGACAGCGCCGUGGAGUCGUGGGACGGCUCCAACAUGGACAGCAGCUUCACCAGCCCCGCUCCGCCUUUUCAGUCAUCGCCGUACAGUUUCCACGAGUGGCGCAACGCCAAGACGGUCAACAGCCAAUCGUCUUCCUCCGCCCGCCAGAGAGCCAAUCCGCUGUCGGAUCUGGGCCUGAGCGACGACGACUGGGACCGCCCGCCGCUCGGAGGAGGCUGCAGUCUGCCCAGCGGCCUAAUCUCUGACAGCAGGUUCACGGUGGGACACGACGGGACCGAGCCGGACCAGGAGGAGAACUUCUGGUCUCAGGCGCUGGAGGACCUGGAGACGUGUGGACAGAGCGGCAUCCUGCGAGAGCUGGAGGCCACCAUCAUGUCGGGCUCCACCCUCAGUCUGAACCACGACCCCACCCCGCUGCGCAGCACGCUGGGACGCCAGGCCAGCUUCCAGGAACGCAGCAACUCCAGGCCGCAGGUCACGCCCCGGUCCAACACCCUGCCCUCGGACCCGCAGCGCCGAGCCUUCGCCAUGAGGAAGAUGAGGCAGGAGGUUAAUGAAAUCCUGAACCAGAACCCCGUGGAGCUCCACAAGCUCACGCUGGAGAAGGCCUCGGACCUGGAGGACUUUGGAUUCAGCGUUUCUGACGGGAUGUUGGACCGCGGCGUCUACGUCAACAACAUCCGGCCAGGAGGCCCGGCGGAGCGCGGCGGUCUCAAGGCCUUCGACCGAAUACUGCAGAUCAACCACGUUCGGACCAGAGACUUCGACUGCUGCCUCGUCGUCCCGCUGAUCGCAGAGUCUCCCAACCGGCUGGAGCUCGUCAUCAGUCGGAACCCGUCCUCCUCCUCCUCCUCGCCCUCCUCCCUGCUGGCCAAUCACGCCGACGCCACCACCAACAACAGCCACUCCCCCCAGCCAAUCAGCAGCGAGCUGGAGCCCUCGGAACUCACCAUUGGCCACGGAGACGACGGCGGCCCCAUCAAGUGGAGCCAGCCCGGGGACGGCCUGGGGGUGGGGCUUGGAGUGGGCCAGGUCACUAACAGCUCCUUAUAGCGGACCAGACCGGGAUCCAACUGGGCUCGCCCGGUUCUGACCAGACUGAGUGGGACGGGUCAGUGAGGAGAGCAGAUCAAACCCGUUUAGACUGGCUCUGAGUGGACCGUCCACGGUGCUGCUCACCCUCUGGACGACCACCAACCUUUGACCUCUACAAGUUUGCCCCUCGAACUGCCGAAGCAGCCUGAAAGCACACUGUUGGCCCGGAGCAACUCCUCACCUGACCCAGGUCUGCACACUGGUACUCCUGGUAUCACUGGAACCACUGAUCCAGAUCCAGAUCCAUAACUACUGACUGAUCACUACUGGUCCCACAGACCCAGAGCCGUGGACUCUGGCCCUACUGAAGCAACAACCACUAGUCUUACUGUUCCAUGAGCCUAGAACUGAGUCUUACUGGUCCUGCUGAAACUAGAGCCUCAGCCACUGGUCUUACUGCUCUAGGACCAAUGGUUACUGGUUCUCAAAGUCUAGCACUGGGCCGCCGGUCCUUCUGGAACUAGACCCACAGCUUGUGGUCUUAUGGGUCCAGGGUACAUGGGGUCAGGUCUUGGUCUUAAAAGAGUCCCUGCUUCUGGUCCCACAAAGGCCAGAACCAGAGGUCUUAUCUGACUCAAGACACUGUUGUGGUUCAUGGUCUCAGGUUUACACAACCAUGGGUUCCAGUCCUACAGAGGCCACAGUCACACUGGUCUUUGGUGGCAGCAGAACCAUGGUUCUGUUCUUCCUGGAGCCAGAGCCACAACGAAAGGUGUUAGCGGUCCAAGGCGUGGUUCUUGUUUGUGGUCUUAGUGGUCAGGGAAAUCUAGCUACAGAUCUAGAGCCAUGGCCAGUUCCUGGGAUUCUGAAGCCGUGGUUCUUGGUCCUAAGUAGAACUACAACUGUGGUUCCUGGUCUGACAAGCCCAGAACCACAGCAGCACAAGACUGAUGGGACUUGAGUCCAGAAUCCAGAACCUGCUGAUGGAAAGAAAGCUUUGCCAAGGGCACUAGGGAUGCUCCGAUCAGGGGGUGCGGGUGUGAUCGGGAUUACCAGAAGUCAUAUUGUUACUGAUUAGUUUCACUGACGUCUUCCUCUGGGUGUAGCUGGAGUCAUGAGUUUAAACGUUUACCAGGUCUGCUGCUAUUAGCUUCAACGGUCCGCAAACAGGGCCGUGGUCUGAGAAUCCAAAGGUAAGAAGGAACCGAACCUCUGGACGGUACAGCUGUUCCGGACAGGGAAGACUCCUGACGGUAAGAAGAGCACAAACGUAGAACACUACUGACGGACUACUGACCGUACCAGGAGUCUCAACACUGAAAAACUACUGAUGGUACAAAGAGUCCGAAUGUUUAAAAAAACUACUGACGGUUGAACUAUUCUGAAUUUUCUCCUUCAAUGUCACAAAACAGAUUUGGGGUUUUAUUUGAGAGGCUGACAAACAGGUUUUUUCGCUGCUUGGCGUCCCAGGUUGGGCUCGGAUAGGAGAUCUCAGGUGGUUCUUUGAGUGAAAUGAAUGUGGAGAGACGAUGAGGUUCAGGUACAAGUUGAGUGAAUUGAAGAUUUCAUUUCUUACUGAGUGAAAUCUUGGUAACGAUGGUGUGAAGUGCGAUAGAGUGUGAUGAAGGAAGAAGGUCACGAGCCAAAAGCAAGUGUCGAGUUAGAAACCCGGUAAUUCUGCAGGAUUAGGAAACUCUUACAUGAUAUAGUCAUUCAAGAAUUGAAAGAUGUUUUCAGAUCUUGGAAACCCAAAGACGCUGUUUUAAGACUCAACUGGGGAUCGAAUCAGAAGACCCAGAGAGACAGUUGAAGAGGAUGUUCCUGAAAAUGUUCCCGUUGAAUUCAAAACCUUGGAUUUCUUUUCUCUUUUUUUUUUUGUCCAGUUUGUCCUCUAAAUAUCUGAUCUGUGACUCUAAACGUCACAGUGACGACAAACACUGGUAGAAAAAGCCACACUUAUCAAUAAAUAAAGCCAGAAUUCUUCAGUUACCGGGCUGCAGGGGGGCACUGAUGUACAUAACAGAAACUGACACAAACUAGAAGGAAUGAGCAAAUGAUGACAUUUUGGCACAUCUAUGUACAGAAAUGAAGAUGAAGUGAACAUAUAUAGAUAUAUAUUAUUAUUUUCAAUAUGCACUUAUUCGGAGUAAACUAUAAAUAUCUUUUAUGAAGAUUUUCCCUGAUGAUGAUCGAGAAACCCCCCCAAACUCAACAACACACAAAAUGAAAGCACAAGCUAGUUUCAUCUAUUUCCAACAACAUUUCCAGUCGGGAAUCUUCGAAGCCUCUAGUGAUCUCUGGCGGCCCCCACAGGCGCCCUGAAUUCUGCCCGAAAGAAGAGUCAGAUAACCACUCGUCCACUGUCGGAGAAAAAUUUAAACUGUGAAACAAACAGGUGCGCUCUUCACAUCUUAGGUACAAGUACAUUUUUAUUUUUAUUUUGAUUAUUAUUUUUUACCAGCUACAUUCUUACCAAAUAUUUUUAAAAGAAACUGGUACUGUCAGGUGACUUUUAGCGGACGGCGAUCGGAGCAUCCCUACUGAAAUGGACGGUUCACUGUUCAGACUUUAGUUUUUUUUGUGCCAUGAACGAGCUGCAGACAGAGUAAUAAUAACCUGAUGAUGAUGAUGAUGAUGAUGAUGAUGAUGAAGACGAAACUGAGCAGUUCAAUAAGAAUCUUUUUCUACUGUUUACACCUGUCAGACUGGCCACACUGUGUACGUAUGUGUGCGUGUCUGUUGUGUGUGUAUGUGUGUGUGUGUGUGUGUGUGUGUAUUAACGUGAGUGUGCGUUAAACACAAGGCCAGUUAAGCCCCUCCCACCUCAGAUCCUAAGUCUUGGCUUUGCCCCACCCCCUCCUCUCCCCUCGACCAAUCAGCAGCCGGGACGGCGAGGCGCCCGGGCCCUGAGAGAUUCAGCUGAUUGGCUGGAACCAAUCAGAGAGCAAACGUUUCCCCUCGCCUGUCCGUGAUUGGUUCUACUCGACACACCCACACACAAAAGAACCAAUCAGCUCCCAGAGAGAAGCCAAGCAUGACCCCGCCCCCUGACCUCCCUGACCUCCCUCCACCCCCCAGUAACAGUGAUCUAUUAUGCUAAUCGAUCGGUGUGUUUUUUGAUUGACUGUUGUCAGUUCUGUUUGUUUGUUUGUAUGUUUGUUUCCAUGACGACUGAACCCGAUUAUCUGUAAAAUAGGUUUAAAAAAAAAAAAAGUGGUUCAGUCCAUCGCUGUUCACAUCGAGAACCAUCGGAUCCCGAAAGCAUUCACCACGUCAUAAACACGCAAAAAUACGAUAUCACACACACAAAAAGUCCUGACGCCUGUGCGUGUGUGUGUGUGUGUGUGUGUGUGUGCGUGCGUGCGUGCGUGCGUGCGUGUUUAUUUUGGAGUGAUGUCAACACCUUCCCGCUCUCACCUCAGUCUGAACUCACUAUUGAAAACUGGCCAAUCAGAACCCUCCCACAGCACCAACAACCAAUAAAACCCC